AUGUCGUACUUGCAAGAAAGCAUUCGAUGCAAAGGGGCGCAGAUCUGCAGCCCGUUCGUGCGCGACGUCCGCGGCACGUCCGUCGUUGGGUAUGUCUCGAGUGGCACGGGCGACGUGUACGCGAUCACGGAAGGAAAGCAUGUUGUGUGGACGCACACUGGCGGCGACCCACGAGGUGCAGCAUUUGACAGCCACGGCAAGCUCCACAUCGCCGACUGCGCUCACGCCGCAAUUCUCAAGGCCGACGUGUCGGCGCACACCCACCAGCCUGGUUUGGUUGUCAAAGUGUACGAGGAAAAGCCAUUUCGAGGGCCGAGCAGCAUUCAGAUCGCGCCGACGGGAGUCGUCUACUUUACGGACAGCGGUCCGCUCGGCGAAACCACGCUCGCUGAGCCGAGGGGCAGCGUAUUCUGCAUUGCGCAUGGACCGAGUGGCGGCCAGGUGCUCAAGCCGCUGGCGCUCGACUGUCUCGCGCAUCCGUGUGGGUUGGCGGUGUCCCCCAACUCUAAACUCAUCUACGUGGCGGAAAUGAUGCACAAUCGUCUGCUGCGCUUUGUGCAGCGGCCGACGGGAAUCUACCACUGCACCGUGUUUCACCAAUUUGCCGGGGGCAUGGGGCCUUCCUGCGUCGCUUGCGACGCAGACGGUCGCAUUUACGUUGGCAUGUUCGACGUGGCAGGUGGAGCGGAUGAACACGGCAAGAUAUACAUCUUGUCACACGCUGGCACGAUCGAGCAUGUGCUGCAAGUGCCAGGACAAGAAAUCACGGGGCUCUGCAUCGAGCCAUCGACGCGCGCGCUGUUUGUGACCGAGGCAUCCGGGAAUGCGCUGCACUGCAUUGCGCUGGACGCGAUUUUCAAAUAGAGCGACACGUUAUGGUCCAAGUGAAUCAUGUAAUUGCAAGCAUGCUUCCAC